UGCUUAAGCCACGCCCACACGAUGACAUGAACCUCUGUGAUGGAAGGAGGAGCACCUCUGUUCCGGUAGAACAGGUACGAUCCAGACAGACGGAGAGGGAAGCUGCUGGGGUUUGGACGCAGGAAGCAGUGUCUGAUGUUGGUUCAACCUCCAACUCCCAGUGGAAGAUGAACGUCUCAGGAGAGGUGGAGGUGGAGAAGGGAGCUACGUCAGCAGCAUCCAGCUGUCAGCCGCUGAACAGUGAAACAUCAACGCAGGAACAUCUUUGCUGCCGUUCUGACUCUGAUCCUUCAGACACAAAACAUGAGCAGGGAGAACGAAAACUUCUGUCUACCGCGAGCAACUGGUCCAAAGCCCACUUUGAAAACUUUGCUUCUGAACUUCAACCUUCAGACACAAAAGAGAUGGUGAGCAGUGAGGAAUUUGAAGAUCAGCUCUCUUCACAUGAAAAUGUUCUGGAGGUUCCAGCCUGUGAGCUCGGUGUCUCCACCUCCAACCAACAGUGCUGCUCCGAGGGUGAAGAACGCUCUGGACGGCAGGCGGAUGUUCCAACCGCAGAUGUGGAGAAUGUUAGAGUGAAGAAAAGUUUUGAAGAACAUCAGACCAACCUGAGAAGAAGAUGUCAAAGUGUCACUGAAGGAACCGAGACAGCAGAAAAGGAAACCUUCUUCCAUGAGAUCUACACAGAGCUGUACAUCACAGAGGGACUCCCCCAAGAGGUCAAUGCCCAAAAUGAGGUGGACCAGCUGGAGAAAAGCUCCAACACCACCCAGGACACUCCAAUCAACUGCCACCAGAUGUUCUCACCUUUGAAUGACCACCAUGGAUCCAUCCGAGUGGUCCUAACGAGCGGCGUUGCCGGAAUCGGAAAAACGUUCUUGGUGCAGAGGUUCACCCUGGACUGGGCUGGAGAUGUGGAGAACACAGACGUCAGUGCUGUGGUCCCUCUGUCAUUCAGGGAGCUGAACCUGAUCGCUGACGAGCAGCACAGUCUUCUCACACUGAUCCAACGUUUCCAUCCGACGUUCCUGAAGAUCCCAGCCGAACAGCUGGUGGUCUCCAAACUUCUGUUCAUCUUUGAUGGUCUGGACGAAAGCAGACUUUCUCUGGACUUUAAAAACAGUCAUGUGAUGUCUGAUGUCACGCAGAAAACCUCAGUCAAUGUUCUUCUGGCAAACCUCAUCCAAGGACAUCUGCUCCCCUCAUCACUGGUCUGGAUCACUUCUCGGACCGUGGCAGCCAAUCAGAUCCCUCCUUCCUGUUUGGACAGAGUCACCGAAGUGAGAGGUUUCCGUGAAGCACAGAUGGAGGAGUAUUUCAGGAAGAGAUUCAAAGAUGAAGAUGUGUCCAGCAGAAUCAUCGCCCACAUAAAGAAGUCAAAGAUCCUUCGGGUCAUGUGUGAAGUCCCAAUCUUCUGCUGGAUCACUGCUGUGGUUCUGGAGAACGUGAUGACCACCAAGAAGAAGGUAGAGCUGCCUCAGACCCUGACCGACAUGUACUCACACUUCCUGAUGGUCCAGUCAAAGAGGGGCAAUGAGAAGUUCCAUCAGAGGAAUGAGCUGACAGAGAAAGACAAGAAAGUUCUCCUGAAGCUGGGGAGGCUGGCAUUUGAACACCUGAAGAAACAAAACACCAUAUUCUCCCAGGAAGAUCUGGAGCAGUGCGGUCUGGACGUCACUGAGGCCUCGGUGUACUCUGGAGUUUGUACUGAGAUCUUCAGAAGAGAGUGCGAGAUCUUCCAGAAACCGGUCUACAGCUUUGUUCAUCUGAGUGUUCAGGAGUUUCUGGCUGCAGUUUACAUGUUCCACUCUUACUCCAACAAGAACGUGGAGGUCCUGGAAGACUUUACUGGGGCUUUCCAAGAAGGAUCAGCUCAGCCAUUCAAUAUAAAAAAAAUACUUAAGCCUCAUGUUCCACCUCUGAACGUGUUUCUGAGGAGAGUCCUGGAGGAAGCCAUGCAGAGUCAGAGCGGCCACCUAGACCUGUUUGCUCGCUUUCUUCACGGCCUCUUGUUGGAGUCCAACCAGAGACUUUUAGGCCUUCUGGGUCUUCCAACGCAAAAUCCCCAAACCCUCCAGAAGGUCAUCAGCUCUCUGAAGGAGAUGAAGAGUCCUGACAUGUCUCCUGACAGAAGCAUCAACAUCUUCCACUGCCUGAUGGAGAUGAAGGAUCUCUCAGUUUACCGGGAGAUUCAGGAGUUCCUGACAUCAGGGACCAGCUCUAGGAGCAAGCUCUCGGAGAUCCACUGCUCGGCUCUGGCCUACAUGCUGCAGAUGUCAGAGGAGGUCAUGGAGGUGCUGGACUUGAGGGCGUACAACACGUCAAACGAAGGUCGACUGAGACUCGUCCCAGCUGUGAGGAACUGCAGAGCAGCACGACUUUCUGGGUGUGGACUCUCUGAGACUCACUGUGAAGUUCUGGCAGCAGCCAUGAAGUCCAACCCAUCCCAUCUGGCAGAACUGGACCUGAGCAACAAUGUCCUGGAGGGUCCAGCGGUCCAACAUCUGUCAGCUGGACUGGAGAGUCCAAACUGUAAACUGGCGGCUCUGAGGCUGAGGGACUGCAGACUGUCAGUGGUCAGCUGCUCCGCUCUGCUCUCAGCUCUGAAGUCCAACCCAUCCCACCUGACAGAACUGGACCUGAGCAGCAACGACCUGCAGGACCCAGCAGUAAAGCAGCUGUGUGGUCUUCUUGCAAGUCCUGACUGUAAACUGAAGGCGCUCAGGCUCAGAGGCUGCAGGUUGUCAGACAUCAGCAGUUCUGCUUUGGUUGCUGCUCUGAAGUCCAACCCGUCUCAUCUGACUGAACUGGACUUGAAAGACAACAGGCUCCAGGAUUCAGGGAUGAAGCAUCUGUGUGGUCUCCUGCCGAGCCCAGAAUGUAACCUGAAGGCUUUGGGGUUGGAAAACUGCAAACUGUCCGCCGUCAGCUGUUCCUUUCUGGGUCCGGCUCUGACCUCCAACCCAUCACAUCUGAUAGACCUGGACCUGAGUUAUAAUGAGGUGGAGGAUUCAGGACUGACGCAGCUGUGUGGAUUUUUGGAGAGCCCACAAAGCAAAUUGAAGAACCUGAGGCUGAAGGACUGCGGCCUGUCGGGCGUCGGCUGCGCCGCUCUGGCUUCAGCCCUCAAGUCGAACCCGUCCCAUCUGACCCAUCUGGACCUGAGCUGGAACAACGAGCUGCAGGAUUCAGGAGUGGAGCUUCUGUGCGGUUUUCUGGAGCGUCCAGAUCUCAAACUGAAGACUCUCAGGCUGGAGCACUGCAGUUUGUCGGCUGCCAGCUGUGCCGCUCUGAGCUCGGCUCUGAAGUCCAGUUCUUCUCUGGUAGAACUGGACCUGAGCUUCAACGAGCUGCAGGAUUCAGGCGUGAAGGAUCUGUGUGGUCUUCUGGAGAGUCCACACUGCAGCCUGAGGACUCUGAGGUUGCAGAUGUGCAGAUUGUCGGAGCUCAGCUGUGCCGCUGUGGCUGCAGUGCUGAAGCCCCGCCCGUCCUGCCUGACACACCUGGACCUGAGCAACAACGAUCUCCACGACGCAGGAGUGAAGCAGCUGUGCAGUUUGCUGGAGGCUCCCCCCUGCAGCCUGGAUGCCCUGAAGUUGAAGAGCUGCAGGCUCUCCAAGACCAGCUGCUCCGCUCUGCUCUCAGCUCUGAAGUCCAACCCGACGUCCCACCUGAGAGAACUGGACCUGAGGGACAACAACCUGCAGGACUCAACAGUGAAGCAGCUGUCCAACCUGGUGGAGAGUCCACACCACAAGCUGGACACUCUGAGAUGGCUGGAGUGAUGUGCUGUGAUGGUUCUGGUCCAGAUGGGCAAAAAAAACUUCAAACAAGUUCCUUUUUUCUUCUCUUGUCCAUCAGUUGAGCCAACAGAUCAUUGCUGAGGCCCUCUAGUGGUGCAAAGAUGUUACUGAUACAAUAAUUAUGUAGCUUCUGACACAAGAGGUGUUUAUUUAUGUAAACCUCUUUUGUAUUGGAGGCUAAACUUUAUAUUUAAUAUAUUUGUGAGCUUUUGGUUUGGACCAAAUUCUCCUGCAGGAGAAUCCCUGACUCAGCGUGUUUUUGAGCCAAGCUGCAUCAGGUGUGGACGAAUCAGCUUCACAAUAAAGACUUAUGCACGUUUUAAGGA